UUUUUCUGAUUAUAGAUAUGGCAGAGAGGAUACACACUAUCUGCUCUAUAUAUAUGAUUUAAUGAGGAUCAAAUUGUUUACAUUGUCUAAGGAGUCUGAAGGUUGUGAUAAUCCUCUACUGGAGGUUUAUAAGCGCAGUUAUGAUAUCUGCAUGCAGUUAUAUGAGAAGGACCUGCUGACAGAAAACUCGUUCCUUCAUUUAUAUGGGUUGCGAAGGGCUGGUUUUAAUGCUCAGCAGCUUGCUGUUGUUUCAGGGCUCUGGGAAUGGCGUGAUGGUCUUGCACGUGCAGAUGAUGAGGGGCCUGGUUAUGUAUUGCCAAAUAAAAUUAUUCUUGAAAUUGCUAAGCAGAUGCCUGUCAUUAUAAGCAAUUUACGGAGAAUAGUAGGAAGGUCAAAGCUCCCAUAUGUUGAGCGCAGCCUUGAUGUCAUUGUUAACAUUGUCAGACAUUCUAUGCAAAAUGCUGCUGCCUUUGAAGAGGCUGCACUACGUUUGAAGGAAGAACAUGCGGCAAGUUUGUCAAAUGUAGUACCCAUUAAGGAUGGAACUGAAGUACCUCAGACGCAAAACUUAAAGAUUGGAGGCGCAGCAACAGAAAGCAUUGGAGUUGAAAAUGACACCUGUAUUGAUAUCUCGGAGAAUUGUUUUUCUCCUGACCUGGAGGAGGAAUGUUUUCAGCAUGAAGAUAAAGAUGGACAAGGAAAAGUUAUUGCACUCUCUACAGCGAAGGGCAAUGGAGAGGUGCUAAAACUGCCUACUGGAGCUAUUGAUGCUCCACUUCUGGGCUAUCCAAUGUCAGAAUGGAAGCCACGCCCCGACAAAAAGGUCAAGGAGGAGAUCAAGCUAGAACAGAUUGAACCAUCGGACAAUCUUCCAUCCCUUUUUGUUUUGGACAAUAGUGAGAAGCUAAAACUAGCAUCUGAAAAAUCAGACCCACAGAAGAAACCCGUUUCAGGUUCAGUUUCUACCUGCUCCCCUGUUGGGGUUGUAACGGUAAUGUCUGAUUCAGACUCGGAGGAUACGCCGCAGCUAAAGAACUCCAACAACUACCCAGGAAAAAAUUCUCUUGUGCCCAGGAAAAGAAGAUAAAAUAUGAGCCAAGGUCUCAGUCUGAAUUUUUAUCAAAUCUUGUGACAUUGUUUUCAGAAACAACUUAAAUAGAGAGGAGCUGGAGACAACCGAAGAAGAAUCCAGUGGCUUUUUAGCAGCUUUCUUUUGACGUUGAAGUGGAAAGGAGACAUGUCUCCCUUUGGAAAGGACAUAGAAAAUGCAUUUUACCAGAGCGAACGUGACUCUAGCAAAAUCAAAAACUUCAACCCUAAACGUGGGGAAGAAGCAGUGAUUUUUUUGACAAAGUAAUUGCUGCGAGGUAGAUGUUGGGUGUUUUCAGCUUCUGGGAUGCAAGGGCAGCAUUUGGGUGAUUAACUGAAAUUAGGUUGCAGCAUUAUCUUCCAUUUACAGAGAAAAACUGGUGUUGCCAUUAUCGGUAUCUUUGAAUAGUAAUGAAAAAUAUGAAAAACAGCUAUAUUUCGUUUUGCA